GGGCCGGGCCGCCAUGGACAUCCUCAAGCGGGAGAUCAGCCGCAAGCGGCAGCUGCUGCAGGAGAAGGAGCUCGUGGGGGAAAAUAAAAAGUAUUUUAAGCGCAGCGAGUUAGCUAAGAAGGAAGAGGAGGCCUAUUUCCAGAGAUGUGGCUACAAGCCUGUAAAUGAGAAGCCACCUGGAGAGGUACAGCAGGAAGAGGAGGAGGAGAAACCACUGACUUCAUCAAAUCCAGUGCUGGAACUGGAAUUAGCAGAAGAAAAGUUACCAAUGACUCUUUCCAGACAGGAGGUUAUUAGGAGGCUGAGAGAGAGAGGUGAACCAGUGAGACUGUUCGGAGAAACGGAUUAUGAUGCAUUUCAACGUUUGAGGAAGAUAGAAAUUCUUGCACCCGAAGUUAACAAGGGAUUGAGGAAUGACCUGAAGGCUGCCUUGGAUAAGAUUGACCAGCAGUAUCUGAAUGAAAUUGUGGGUGGCCAGGAAGCAGGUGAAGAUGACUCACAGAACGACUUGAAAGUCCAUGAGGAGAAUACUACUAUUGAAGAACUGGAGGCUCUGGGAGAAUCCCUAGGACGGGGUGAUGAUCACUAUGACAUGGACAUCAUAACCAAGUUCCUGAAGUUCCUGCUUGGCGUUUGGGCCAAGGAGCUCAACGCCCGGGAGGACUACGUGAAGCGGGGCGUGCAGGGCAAGCUGAGCAGCGCCACGCAGAAGCAGACGGAGUCGUAUUUGAGGCCCCUCUUCAGAAAGCUUCGGAAAAGGACGCUUCCUGCAGACAUCAAAGAAUCAAUAACAGAUAUUAUUAAAUUCAUGUUGCAGAGAGAGUAUGUGAAGGCCAAYGAUGCCUAUCUUCAGAUGGCCAUCGGGAACGCUCCCUGGCCCAUCGGCGUCACCAUGGUGGGCAUCCACGCUCGCACAGGGCGCGAGAAGAUCUUCUCCAAGCACGUAGCCCACGUGCUCAACGACGAGACCCAGAGGAAAUACAUUCAGGGGCUGAAGAGGCUCAUGACCAUCUGCCAGAAGCACUUCCCCACGGACCCCUCCAAGUGUGUGGAGUACAACGCGCUGUGAGGCUCCUGCCCUCCGAGACCCAAGGACCCCCAAGAGCUUGUGCUUGAGCUCCAGCAGGAACUUAGGGGGGUUCUGCACAAAACCUGAAAGCAACAAACUUCUCUGCAGCUUCUUUUUUACAAGYCCCAUCUAUUUAUAUGUCUUUUAAAUACUUUACACUGAGCAGAUCCAAUAUGCAAUAGGGAUUUUUUUUUUUGAGGGGAGGGGAUUAAGCACUGGGGGACAGUGAUCACGAGCAUUGUUUUUAUUUCAUUUUCUUAUUUGGGGAACUCUACAAACUGGAAUGCGACCCAAUUUCCCCUCUCUUGGAGAUGCAGGUGAGACACAGCUCUGCAAGGAGUUUACGUGAAGGCUUUUGGCUGCUUUCCCAUUGGAAACCAAUGUGGGGAGGUGAUUAGAGGGAAGCAGUUGAAUCUGAAUCUUGGUUAUUUCUGUAAAUAUGAAGAGUUUAAUGGCUAAUCUUUCAUGUGGUAUUUAUCGAGGAGGGGAAAAAAAAAGUUUAUAUAUUUCUUAGUGGAAAAAAUAUAGCCAGUCUGGGUAAGAGGAGUUUUUGGUCUUGAAUACAUUUGAUUUCUUUUCUUGUAACUACACUUUUAAUAUAAACCUUCUGGGCUUGGGGCAAGUAACCCUAUGGCCCAUGAGGCUUUCAAAUCCCAUUUUUAUACAUCUGGAGAAAAUUUCACUUUGGUGGGCACUGCAGAGAAAAUAAUGAGGACCUCCCAUGACCAGGGGCAGUAUUUGAGAGCCACAAGUUCUUCCCCUUGUGUGUCCCCAUAGCGCCAGCAGCAGCGGUUGGUACUGAGCGAUCGGAGAAGGGACCAGUAUGGAGCACUUCCCAUUGUGGGGAAUAUCCAUCCAUGUGGUGUAUCCAUCCAUAUGGUCUGUCCCUACGAGCUAAUUUGCAGCUUCACUGUUUUGUCUGAGUCCUCAUCUUGGCUGCCGACGUGGGCGCAGGAGCUGCUGCCUUCCAAAGGACUCAUCCCACCUAAUGUGGUAGGUCGGGGUCUCCUGGAGACUCCCAGGAUCCCCACAUUGGCCAUGGGAAGUCUUCAGUCUGGAGCAUCUGACCCCAAAAGAAAAUGUCAAGAGCUUAAAAAGUUUAGAAGCAACAGAACUCCUCUGGAGAGGAGAUGGGACUGGAGCUUGGGAGAAAGGACUGGGAUUUGUGGGGAGAAAAUGGGCAGGUCUGGAGCAUUCGAAGGGUUUUGGUGACGGCACCGUCGGGUCUGUUUUUUGCCCUGUUUUUUGUCUGUCCUGCGUGCAGGAUUCCUUCAGAGGAAUUACCACAACAGGAACCGUGUCUAACUCGGCAGCUCUCUCCCUCUCCCACCCCUGAUGAUUUCUGAGCUGUUACUAAACCUUUAACCUGACGCCCAUAGAAGUCAUCGCUCCCCACAGGAGAGCUCCAGGAGCWCUACAGCUUCCCUGGCAAGCGCAGCAAGGAAGUGGCUGGCGCGUGUUUUAAGGAGCGUCCUCAYGUUUGCUUGAGUGACCACCGGAUCCCUUAGGGCAUUAAUGACAGUAUUAUGUAGGUUUUUCCGUCCCGCUUCCGYGCUGAGUGUGGAGGGAGCCUCAGCAGUCCCUGUUGGAAGGGGGGCUGCCUUUCAGCUUGGGUCGCUUUAGUGGAACCGGGUUUGGAGGCUGUGACUCGAGCAAGGUGUCUCCUCGCUGGCAGUGCCGGCAGGGCGGCCUGAAUCCUGGACUGGGAUAACUUUAUCCCCUUGCAAUUCCAGGAAUGGCGCCGCCUGGGGCCCUUGCAAUUCCUCAGCCGCCUGGGGAACGGAGCAGCCGCCGGCGCUUUCCCACGGCGUCGCUGCCGGAGGGUUCCAGCUGCGCCRCGUGCAGCGCUGGGCUGAGGCUCCACAGCCGGAUCCGCCCCGGAUCACCCGGCCAGGCUCUGCUCCYGCACUUAAUACCAGCAUUUAACAGCAAAUAAUGAAGCCCCGCGUGUAGGUCUGAGCUGGAGGGGSUGUGGGGCAGCCCUCGAAGUGUGGGGCAGCUGGUGGGGACGGAGCGUGUCAGCUUAAAUACUUGGGCUUCUCCCCGGGCCCUUCCCAGACGUCCGUUUCCGAUAACUCCUGCGUUGGCAGGAAACAGCCCGGGYGAGCGCCAAGCGCUGCAGCCCACGGGAUGGUCCCGCUCGCUGCAGCGGCGUCUCCAUGGCGGGAUUUGGGAUGUUCCUGCCCGUGCCUGUUGGAAACAGCCCCCUGGCAGCGUCGUCAUCUGCCCGGAGGGUCCCUGUAGAGACACCUGAUACCAGCACUGCUCUGCCCGCUCGUAGCUGCGUGCCUUCAGUUCUUCCCUUGCUGCUGUUUAUAUUGACRGAACGGCUCCUGUGGAUAGAUAUGAGUGAGAUUAAAUUAUUUUGGUUGCGAAACUCUGUUCCUGUUGUGCUGGAUGCCACACAACCUGCCCUGUAGCUCUAGCUGUGCCUGGAGAAUGGAUUUUGGGAAUAUAAGUGGUUUCUCUUUUCA